UUUUAUUACUAGUAGUCAAACUAUUUCCAGUUGAAGUUCAAAGACAGCAAGCAUGGACUCACAGGACUGUCGUCAGUACCAAGUAUUGAAUCACAUUUUAGGGGCGCAUUACAUAGUGAAAGGGUUAUAGGUAUCUAUAGAGCAUGAAGAGAGUGUUUGUUGGGGGUCUGUUCCCUGAGGUAACAGAAAAGGAAAUCCGGGACAGAUUUGGUCGCUUUGGAGAUGUGUCGGGGGUGGAGAUAAAACGAAAAAAGAAUGGAGAAGAUUCUUCAGAAAAGAUUUUUGCAUAUGUGAAUUUGAACAUCAGUGAGGAAAACUUGUCCAAAUGUUUCAGUGUUUACAACAAAACAAAGUGGAGGGGUUCACAGCUGAAGCUACAGUUAGCUAAGGAGGAUUUUUUGAAAAGACUUAGCAAGGAACGUGAAAAUGGUUUUGCCGUGGAACCUAAAGUGAAACGCAAAAAGGGCAUGCACAAUGAUCCAUUAAAAAAUCAGGAAGGGAUCGAGGAUUUUCAUAUGCGGGGAGCAGUGCCAGGCACCAGCAUUGAGGGAGAGGAGAAUUGGGUGGUUGGAAAGUAUGGUAGAGUAUUACCAAUAGUCCAUAUUCCCAGCAAGCAUGGCAAAAAAAUAGUGACUGUAGAUCCUUCCAAGUUCUGUCACAAUGUCAAAAAGGUCAAAGAAGAGGAACAAGGUCCUGAUAACUGUGAUACUGAGACACUAACCUGGGCACUGAAGGAAGAAAAUCCAGAGAAGACAAAGAAACGAAUCGGAGAUGUCCACUCAACAUCAAAGUUUGUGAGGAGGAAAUGUCAUCAGACCCGUGUUUCUGCUGGGGAACCAACACAAAGGCUGAAUGGUGUUACUGAAGAAGAAGAUGAUUUGGAGGUAGUUUCUCUGAAGGAAAGCACAGGAAGUGCCAAACUUGGAGCCUGUGCAGAAGAGGAUUCUGAUUCAGAUUAUGAAGCAAUGAAAACUCCUCUCACUAAAGAUAAGAACAGAAUUUCUGCUAGUGUAACUGGACAUUCAUUGAAAGAGAAAAACACUGAGAAGGAUUCAAAACAUUUUAAUUCAAGGCUCAAAGAAACUGCUAGCAAGAAAGAUAACUCUUUAAAAAAUGUUCAUGAUUCGGAUGAAAAAUCAGCUGGUGUUUCAAGUGGUGUUGUGAAUUUCAUGGAAGAUGAAUCAGACAAGGAAUCUGUUUCAUCUGCUGACACUGAUGUCAUUGUUGCUAAGCAACUCAAAAAGAAUUCUGGGAAAAUUCCUGUUCAAUCCAAAAGGUUCUCUGUGACACAAGGAAUCAAUGAAUUUUCAGACGGAUUAACUAUGGAAGAAUCUAGGAGCGAGUCGAGCAAUUUUAAUUAUGAGAGUGAUGAUAGUUUAAGUGCAGUAGGUUAUGAAAGGUUAGCAAAAAGAAUAGAAAGGGAAUAUCAGAGAAAGUUCAAUAGCGACCCAGAAAAUCAUGAAGGAAAUCUUGAUUUCGAAGUAGCUGGGACUUCUUUAAAGAAAAGUACACCCAACACACAGAAAACAUUACCGGUGAUAGGAGACCCCAAAACUAAGAGAACGAUGAAAUCUGAGCUUGUGUCUGAGCAAACCAACAAUGAUUCAGUGCUAAAUAAUUCUGUGUUAGAUUCUGAUGAAAACUCCCCACAGGUCAGUUCUGAGGAAAAUUUGUUCUCAAGUGCAUCAGAGAGCAGCAGGGAAGAUGAUAGGCAAGUAGAAGAUACAGCAGCAAGUGAUGAAAUAGUAAAGAAAUCUAAAAGUUCGUCAGGAAAAAGUGGUGCAAAGUGUGUGUUUCUACCCUUUAAAGGGACUUCAUCUUUGUAUAGUUCCGAUGUAGGUAAGAACCAAGGGAAUAUGUGCAAUAGUUCUGAUCAAGAUAUGGGAGAGUUUCCAACAGAGAAAGAAAGAAAUGUGAAAAAGGUCACAUCAUCUUCUAAAGGAACUAUAAUGGUAGAUUCUUCUAUCAAAAACACUAAAAAUUCCAUGGAAGGGAAUGAAACUAAGACCCAAGGUGGAAAAUUAGGGAAAAGCAAGAAGGAUAUUGUUAGUUCUGUUCAGAGUGGAUUAUUGGAAGAAGGAGUGAGGAAGAGUGAAUCAAAAUUAACUGCUGAUGUGGAAAGGAGCAAUGCCUCAGAUAGAAAGAGAGUGGAGUCCAUGAAAGAGAAGAUGAAGAAAACAGAAGUGACUGCUGAUGUGGAUAUAAAGGAGAGAAGUAAGGCAGCAGAUAGGAAGAGAGUGGAGUCCAUGAUGGAGAGGGCAAAGGAGACAGAGUUGAAGAAGAGAGCUAUACAACAAGCCCUCAAACUGAACUCAAAGGAAGAGAGACCCAACAAGAAGAUAGUGUUUGAGUCAGAUAGCAGUGAUGCUGAAGACAAACUGAUGGAAGAAGGGGAAGAUAAAGUUCAGACAGCGAAUAAAACCAAUACUGAAAGAGAGAAGAAGCCGGCCCUGUUUGACAGCUCUUCAGAUGAGGCAUCAGAUGAGGACGCAGACGAGGAGAGGUUCAGAAUACGACCUGAAUUCGAGGGAAAAGCAGGGAAAAAGUUAAUGAAGCUUCAAUCUAGAUACAAGAAUGAUGAGAGAUUCAAAUUAGAUGAGAAAUUUAUGGAUGAAUCUGGAUCAGAGAAAGAUGGCAGCUCUGAUGAGGAAGAGGAGGGAUUCAAGCCUCCAACAGAGAAUGAUGAUGAAAAGUCUAGAGCAUUAAAAAUCUUGGAAGAAGUGGUAGGAUCCAAGGCAUUAAAGAAAGUACAGAAGAAGAAGACUUUGUUUAAAGAUGUGUCUGCCAUUCAUUUUGACCCUACCAAGGAAGACCACAAACAGUUUGAAAUGGAACCACAGCAGAAGAAAAAGAAAGUAAAAACAGUGCAGAGGAAAAUGAGUGCCUCCUCAGAUGAGGACACAGAAGCUGUAGGUCCAGACAGACAUGAGGCACCUGUUGAGGAGGAGGUACCGGAGGUGACCAAGGAGAGGUUCUAUCAGGUGUCCUUCGAUUCCUUCAGGGAGACAUUCUCAAACAAAACUUCCGGUGUGGCAGACUCGCAGUUCUCUCUCCUCUCUGUGUUCGGGAGACAGCAACAGCAGACGACAGACAGUGAUGAAGAAAUGCCAGAAGUAGAACAGAUAGGAUCCAGUUCAAACCAGAAGGCAGACCAGUUCCUAUGGAAACAGCAUGUUGACAGUAGCGACGAAAAUAUGACGUCAGAUGAGGAAACAGAGACCAACAUUCCUGUCAACGUGUUCACCAGCAGCCAAAGUUCCUUUUUCUUCACUGAAGAUGAUGAAAGAAUAAAAGAGGGCAUUCAGGAGUUUUGCAGGAAGGAGGACUUGGAAACAAUCAGAGAAAAAUGGCUUGAAAAAAGACAGAAUCUUGUGCACGCAUACACAACAAAACACAAAAGCCUGUCAAGAAAAAAGAGGAUAGCUCAGAAAAACAAAAGAAGAAGAAGAUAAACUAGUACAUUAAUCAUAUUUUAAAGUGGGAAAAUGCUUCAAAUUUUUAUAUCAAAAAAAUUAUCAAUAAAAUUGUUAUAUAUUAUAA